UCUCUGGCUUCAUAAAUACAACCUUAGUGUUGGGUGACUUGUAACAAUUACUAUAAAUUACAUAAAUAAAAAAGGGAUAGCUAGCUCUUUCAUCAGAACCUAGCUAGUACUUGAAACAAAUUUAAGGAGAGCCAGUGUUCUGUUGACUGACCAUAAUUAGGUCUUCUUCGUAUUGAAGACCAGACCUACCUCUCUUUCUCAAAAAUCUUGAAUUUAAUCAAACAACAAUUUUGUUUCAUCAACAUGUCUAUGGUGGAGGUAAGAGUUCCAAACUUGGAUUGUGAAGGAUGUGCUAACAAGCUUAGAAAAGCCCUUUUCAAGCUCAAAGGAGUAGACGAUAUAGACAUUGAUAUGGAGACGCAGAAAGUUACAGUUAGAGGCUACGGAUUGGAAGAGAAGAAGGUGCUAAAGGCAAUAAAGCGAGCAGGGAAAGCAGCAGAGCCAUGGCCCUAUCCAGUUGGGUACUCACAUUUUACUUCAUUUUAUCAAUACCCAAAUCACAUCAUCAGCCAUUACUACGACACAUCUCGAAAUGUUGCAGCACCAAGUGUACAUACUUUCUUCCACACUCCUGCAGUUUAUUCAGUUGCCGUGGCUUCAGAUGAAGCUGUUGCUUCUCUUUUCAGCGAUGACAACCCACAUGCAUGCACUAUCAUGUGAGGUUAAUCUUCAUGCCUUUCGGAUUUAAUUUGGAGCUACAUCUCCUAAAUUUUUGUAUUUUCCCUCUGUAACUUGUAUACUUGUUUCGGAGAAGACCGGCACUAGUGCUUAUGAGCUUAUUGAUCUACUGUUUUUUAAGCUUUAA